UUCAUUGCUUCUAUUUAAUAGACCGAACCUGACCCGAAAUACUCGGUUCAAGAGGAAAAACAAAGAUAAUCCUAAAAUUUCCAAGGUUAGCUGAAACUUGAAAGAUACGUUAGACAGAGUAGAGAAGGAAGAUGAGUGAGAGAACAGUGCCCAGAAGAGAGAGUCCAUGGGGUUUGCCUGAGGGUGAUACCAGACAACCUAAGGCCCAUCGCUGCAACGACCGCGUCGAGGAUGUUGUUCAGGCGUGUUUUGAGGGCAAUCCAUUUAAAACGAUACCAGGGCCUUUCAAGCUAUUCUGGCGGUGCAUGCGUUCAAAGCCUGGGGAAGAGCCAACUGAGCCAUUCUAUUACUUGCAGUUGGAGCCCCCCAAGAGAGAAGUGCACCUUGAAUAGAGCCUUGCUUUUGCUAUAAUCGAAACCUUUAAUAAGGUUGUUUACUAUCCUGUCGCUCUAGGUUGUGUUACUUGACGAUAGGAAUCUGCACUUUGGAAGGUUGUUCCCAUCAAAAUAUUCCCCCAAUGAAGAUUGAAAGUUUAUAUUCGGUUUUCCUCUGUUUUCUAAUAAGGGCAGAUAUCUAAUCUAAAAUGAUGAUAUAGAUAGAACUUCGAGAUACUACACUAUUCUGAUUGUUAUGUUUGUUGGCGACUACUGAAUGGGCUCCGGUUGCAACUUCUAUCCUGUGAGUUUCUGAUACGGUGGAGAUUUCAUUCCUCGGUGUCUGGACUCCUGUCUCUCUCUUUGUUGCGUUUACUUUAAUGUAUGCUUGUUCCUGGUUGUAUA